AUGAAGUACAUCAGUGCCAGAACAUGUAUCAAAUUCAAGGAAGAUAUAACGGCGACGGAUCGAGUUUUGUUUAUAUUUCGUGGAUACUGCUCAUCAACAGUCGGAAAAUCAUUAGGAGGGGGCGUGCAGGAAGUGACAAUGAGCAACGGAUGUGAUUCGACGGGACAGGCAGUACACGAACAACUCCAUGCCCUGGGUAUAACACAUACCCAGAGUAGAUACGAUCGGGAUGAUUACUUGAUAGUUAAACCAGAGUUGUUUAAUUCCGCCGACGAAGUAAACUUUAUGAAAUACACUGACACGCAAACUUACAAUAACAUCCCAUAUGAAUACGGUAGUGCCAUGCACUACACUGCACAGACGGUCAGUGAACCAAAACAAACAAUUUAUCGGGAAACAAUGGGAAAUCGAUUGGUCACUUUCUAUGACAUGAGAUCUCUCCAUGAAAGUUAUAAUUGCUCUUGUCCAGUUGAGUUGAAUUGCAAAAAUGGAGGAGUUACAAAUCCAGCAAACUGUUCCGAAUGCUUCUGCCCUGCUGGUUUCGGAGGAAAGUUGUGUGACGAUGUGCCACGUGGAUUCUCAAAGAAAUUAGUCGCCAGCUCAAAUUGGAGUGAUUUCGAAAUCACUUUUGGUUUCCCAUGGCUCUUUGAAUCAGAAUACAAACGCCUGACACUCUUUAUAGAGGCUCCAAAAAACAAAACAAUCCAAGUGCAAGUAACAAAUAUUGAGGGAUACACCUUCUCUUCUAGUUGUAUUUGGAACGGAUAUGAAGUGAAACAUAUGGGAGAUCCAAGGAUCAUGAAUCCAUUGUAUUGCUGUACGACCCAACCACUUUGGAAUACGACGUACACCUCCAAGAUAAAUCCGUCUCCAGUGAUCCUUUAUAACCGAAACGGGCAACAGAAGUUUGCAAUGAGAUACCGAUAUAUUGAUGGAAACGUGGCUGACCUUCCAAAAAGAAACAACACUUAUGAUUCCUUUGAGUAUCCCAUUUGA